AUGAGUUUCAUUGUCGUGCUAGUUAACACCUUGUUGCUGCAUACUUUCAUUAAGAAUCCGUUGCUCAGGAAUCGGAAACACAUGAUGGUUGUCAAUCUUGCUGUUGCUGAUCUUAUUUAUGGACUCCUGGGAGUACCAUCACUCAUCUUCUCCAUAUUCAAUCCAACGCCUAUCUCUAUUAUUGUGUCAAGUGGACUGAUCAAGUUUACGAAAUCCGCUUGUCUGUUUACUCUUAGUGUGAUUGCAGUGGAGAGGAUGCAUUCAGUGGUUUGGCCGAUACGUCACAAACUGAUGAAUAGCAAAGCUUACAAAGUAGCUGUUCUGGCAAUCUGGAUCUUUUCUAUGGGCAACACCACUCUUUAUAUUUAUCGGCGAGAUAAGGUCUCCAAGUUUUCUCCUUUUUUGCAGCCAGCUGUGCUGUUUGUGGUAGUUAUAAUUACAUCUACUUGUUAUUUACGCAUUUGGAUAACUCUUCGACGCAGAGGACAGUGCAGAAUCGGCACUGCAGCCAGACAAGACAGAUCAUUGGCCCUAACUCUAUUGCUGGUCACGGGAGUUUUCUUGGUCACGUGGGGAAUUCCCAUGACCUGUGAGCCAAUCUUCCUGUUGUGCAAAAGUUGUGACCACUUUUCUGGUUGGUAUUUCAUGUGUGCAACGCUCCUACUUACGGUACAAUCUUUGGUGAACCCAAUAAUUUAUUGCUUUCGAAUGCCUUUGUUUAAAAUGGGCCUGAAAACGAGGUUGCAAGAAAUAAAA